CCACGACUCCUCCCCCUUCUCUCUCUCCCCCAACGCCACGUCAUCACCACGACCACAUCUCCACAGCCACCAUCGGCAACAUCUUAAUCGCCACAAACGUUAACAUUCACAUUUAUAAUCGUCGACAACAGCUAACAAACGACUAACAACGACGGCGACGGCCAACAACACCGAUUAAGAUCGUAAUAAUUAACAAAUUUGUAAAGUUUUUUUACAUUUUUUACCUCAGGCCUCGCAAAGAGCUUCCAAUGGAACAGCGCUCCCUCCCACACUGCCCCUCCGAUCCAAUCUCCGUCGCUUCGAUCGCUUGGGGCGGCCGUGGCGAUGCUGUUGGUGGUGUUGGUGAGGCUGUUGUUGUUGGUGGUGGUGAGGCUGUUGGUGGUGUUGGUGGUGGUGAGCGUGGUGGCGAUGGUGGUGAGCGUGGUGGCGAUGGUGGUGCAGGUGAAGAUGGUGACCAGCGAUGUCCCAGCCACAGCCACCGCCGGCGGUCCCGGCGGCGCCUGGAGAGUUUGGACCUCCCCCUGGUGCCCUCGAUGGAUUGGGGGCUGGGGGCGACGAGCCCCCCAAUCGGCGGGGACGCGGGCAGACCGCUGGGGUGGAGGGAAGGGGCUGGACGCUGGUGGGGCCAGCCCCUCGUGACGCACGGAAAAUACCGGGACACGUCUCCCGUGGAGAACUCCCAGCGAGGAUGUCCCAGGCCGAGCGAAGACUCGGACCCUGUCCUCGUGAAGGCCUCCGUCAUCGUCAGCGCCAUCGCCAACCGUGCGUGCACCUAGCC